UUAUUGACGUAUAUAAAGCAUCUAUUCUUUUGUGUGCCGGCGCAGAGAAGAGAAGACGCACUGCCCGGCCAUGGCAGAACAAGAUCAAGAUGUCGUGUGCUACUACAAUUACCUCUUCAUGGCCACCCUCCUGCUACCCCCGAUCCUCCUCAUCGCCAUGUUCAGACCGCCGCGCAAGCACAGGGGCGAGAACCUUCCUCCAGGGCCAUGGUGGCUGCCGGUCAUCGGCAGCAUGCACCACCUCGUCGGCGCACUCCCGCACCACGCCAUGCGUGACCUCGCUCGCCGGUACAAUGCUCCACUCAUGUUGCUCCGCCUAGGGGAGCUCAGUGUGGUCGUGGCCUCGUCAGCCAGCGCGGCCAAGGAGAUCAUGAAGACCCACGACGCCACAUUCGCGACGCGGCCACGCACCGCCACCCUCAGCGCCAUCACGGCAGACGACCUCGCCAUCUCCCUUGCGCCGCACGGCGAGCAGUGGCGCCGCCUCAAGAAGCUAUGCGUCACCGAGCUACUCACAGCGCGGCAAGUCCGGUCCCUCCGGGGAUGCCGCGAGGCCAAUGCCGCCGCCCUAGUCUCCUCCAUCGUCUCAUCGCUAUCAACCUCGUCGGAGCCCGUGAACGUGAGCUCCCUCCUCACCACCCACCUCACCGACUUGGUGAUGCAGGCGUUGAUGGGCGACCAGAACGGGGACCUCCGUGGAGAGUUCCUGGGGUGCAUGCGCGAGGGCAUCAAGCUGGCCUCGGGGUUCGGCCUUGCUGACCUGUUUCCAUCGUCCCGGCUUGCACGUGCGCUCGGUAGCUCAAUUCGCCGGAUGAAGGCGUUAAACCAUGAGAUAAGCGAGCUCAUCGGCCGGAUCAUUGAGAAGCAUCGCACGAGGAGGCUGGCCGGCGGCGGCGAGGAGGAAGAAGACCUCGUGGACGUGCUACUGAGGAUCCAGAAUGAUGGUAGUCUCCACACGCCUCUCAACGUAAAAAUUAUCGGUUCCCUGAUUAUGGAUAUGUUUUGUGGAGGUAGCGAGACGACGGUGACAACACUCCAAUGGGUGAUGGCAGAGCUGAUGCGUAAUCCGGCGGUUCUGCGGAGGGUGCAGGCAGAGGUGCGCAACGCUUUCGCCGGGCAGAGCCGCAUCGAGGAGGAGGCCUUGCAGGAGCUUCGUUAUAUGCAUCUAGUAAUCAGGGAGUCACUCCGGCUACACCCCGUGUUGCCGCUGCUCCUCCCGCGGGAGUGCCAGGAACCCUGCCGUGUCCUCGGCUACGAUAUCCCCAGGGGCACCACGGUGCUCAUCAACGCAUGGGCAAUCGGGCGGGAUCCAGCAAGCUGGGGCGCUGAUGCCGAGGAGUUCAGGCCGGAGAGGUUCGAGGAGGCUGGUCAUGCGGAGGUGGACUUCAGGGGAGCGAACCUUGAGCUCGUACCAUUCGGCGCUGGCAGGAGGAUGUGCCCUGGGAUCACGUUUGGGGUCAAGGUCCUGGAGGUCAUGCUGGCGAGCUUGUUGUUCCAUUUCGAUUGGGAGCUCCCUGGAGGAGGAGCUGAUGGGCUGGACAUGACGGAGGAGCUCGGGAUGACAGCGAGGAGGAAGAGCGACCUGUUGUUGCAUGCCACCGUUCGUGUGCCGGCUCCUAAUCCAUGAAUAUUCAGUCGACGUGGCGGCAUUGUCUUAUAGUCUUCUUUCUUGUCAGGUAAACCCUGCGCUGUCUUAGGCUAAGUUUAAAGUUCAAUAAACCCACGAACUGUGAGCUUGUUCA